GCUCGUCCAGUUCGCCUUCCACAUCCUGCGUGACUACGCAGCCGAGUGCUUCUUCGCUUCUUCAAAUGCUCAGCUCAUUCAGCUUCAUUAUCCUUCCUCUGCUUACCUCGACCUACAAUGUACUUCCGAGGACUCCCUUCCUAGGACUUCUUACGACAGAUACAACAGAGGUUCCUGGAGAUACAACCGAGAUCCCUGGAGAUACAACCAAGAACCUCGAGUGCGGUUCCUUCGAUUCGGCCUUCCACCGCCCAUCUUCCAUCGCCUUUGCCUUCCAUCGCCCGUCCAACGCAUGUCUGCCGCUUUUGGUACAAACCGUCUGCCGAGAGAGAGAAUGGCUCGUCUUGAACAGGGACACCAAGGAGCCAGAAUGCGAAAUCCGGCCUUGUGAGGAGUCCCAACUUCCCCUUUAUUCCGAUCCAGACAUCUGCGUCCCCAUCGACAACCCCGGAAAACACUGCGGUCUUAAUCAGUUCCUGGUUGCGGAUCGAUUCGGUUUCGGGCAUUGCGAGUGUAAAAACGAGCCAGGUUACAUCUACUGGCCCCCAGACGGCAAUUGUUACCGAGUGUUUCAUCGAGGCCCCUGCGACCCCGGAAACAUCUUCAUCUUCGACAGCCGAAACAAAACCGCAGUCUGCAGAAGGAGUCCUUGCCGUGAAGGCAAGAUCUACUGGCUCUCUCUCGGUCUAUGCGUCUCAGAGGAAAACCCCACCCUCUGUCCUCGGAACAUGCCCUUGACCUUAAGACGCCUUCCGGACGACCGAUUCACCUUCGCUUGCGAGACCCAAAUAGGAAAGCCCGAGGCCAGCAUCGGCACAUUCACUUUUCGGGAUUGCUCACCCGGCAGCAUAAGCGGGAGGAUGGGCAAGUGCAAAGGCACGAUCUCUUUGGAUCUGUGUCCUCCAGGGAAAGAAGAAGACGCGUUCGGUGGAUGCCGGGAAUCUUUUGGCUGAAAUUCCUUCAACCAUUUCGAAAAUCUCCCAGAAGUACUUGAAAUUUGAAAUUUCAUUAAUUCGCAAUGGAAUUUUUCCUGUGAAUUUCAUUUGUUUCUCUUCCCGUGACCUCGGGAAUUCUAGUAUUUCAUUUUCGUCCCUUUACUGCUAUUUCUUUUUUUCGUAUUCCACAUUUCUCUUUUGCAUCAUACCCCCCCCCCCCUCCUC